UAAUGCUUUACCCACCCUUUUUUACAUUUUUUUACUUAUUAUGUUGGCCUUUAAAAAUAUAUCAUGUUUAUAAGAAUUAGGAAGGUUUUAUUCCAAAACCUUUAAACUUACAACUACUUGUUGCCGUGAUAUAGCCACAGUUGCUAGCAUGGCAUAAAAACACAAACAAACAAAAGCCCCAUUCAGCAACCGGUGGCCAGUCAGGGCUAGCAAAAACAUCUACGUAAGCGGCCGCAAUCAAUGUACGGCCAGGGGAGAUAACUGUGUAGCAGUCCUACCCCUUAUUGUCCAGCUAAAAGCCGGGUAUCGCCCAAGGUGACCAAUGCCCCCUUUUAGUAAUGGCUUUAGAACAUGCUUUACAUGUUCAAAGAAGAAAAGAGGGCCAGAGAUACACCGACAGGAAGGAAAACACCCACCGGAAGGAACAAACAAGACAGUCGGGUACAAAGACAGAAACUUCACUUUUCCGGGUGGCGAGGUAGUGAGCGGCCGAUGGAGGUCCGACUUAUAGAAGACGUCAAAGUGUCCAUGGGACUUGGAGAACUUAUAGUCAAUGUUCAGAGAACUGAUAGUGAACUGGAGCUACGCCAGCGUGGUUAGACGCGAAGUAUUGUUGUAUACGAAGCAGGGACCGAAACUGUGAAUUGUGAACUCUAACGUGUGAACAGUGAAUGUGGAAUUUGUGAACUCUAGCUUGUGAACAGCGAACAGUGGAAUAGCGCUUUCCACAGAUGACGUCACGAUCUAGCCGCGCAAGGGCUUCUGGGAAUGCAAAGCGGACAACUAUAUUCCCCGCAUGUACUACACUAGCGUUUGCAGCGAGUGCGUUGCUGUGCAGUUUAUUGUUCCAAAACAAAAACAAAAACGUGAGCGUGUAAAAAAUACAGUUUCAAAUUGGAAAAAUGCAAAUGGAGGCGGUGGUUUUAACGGAGAAAGAUGUACCUGGAGCCUUCCUUGUCGGCGAUCCCUCUGAAUACCGGCUAACAGAACUGAAACGAUGGCACGAAUGCCACGGACAAAGUAAGAAUGUAACUUUACGAGAGGCAAUUGAAAAAAUUUGUGCGUGUAUUACAUUGGGUAUAAAAGUUAAUCCAGGGGUAGACAAUGGUAAAUGGUAUGAGCUGAAAAGGAGGGGUAUCAGUAACCAAACGACACCUAAAGUGGAUACCGCCGUUACAACGCCCGACAACGGCUGGACAACAUUCCCGUCUGUGGACAUCCCGGAGAUGUUUAAUUAUGGCUCUGCUUACCACUAUCUGAUUGAAUCCAUUGCUCACUUUGGACACGAAUGUAACAGCGACAGCAGUGACGGGGAUUCUGACAACAAUGGAUCAUAUACUACUACCAUGAAGCCGCUCAGAAAGGGGAAAAAGCUUAUGGAAAGUGAGUUCAUUGACGACAUACAGGACAAUAGAAGCAAAACUGAUUACUUUUUGCGAGCACACAUCCAGCACUCUAUGAAAAACGAGUACCCAUUAGAUGUAUUGAUAGUUUUAAGUAAUGUCAGUGGAUUUGUGUCCAGGGCCAGUUGUAACUGUAAGUCCUCAGCCCUGGGAAGAUGUGUGCAUGUUGCAGCACUGCUUCUGAAACUGGUGGAUCACGUUGAAAAACAUGGGCAUCGAGUGACAACACCAUCCACUUCACAACCUUGUGUUUGGAACAGAGGGAAAAAACGGUCAAAAAACCCCAAGCCUCUGCAUGAGGCAGAAUACAAGUCUAAGAAAUUUGCUGAUGGUCGUGUUUAUAAGUGGGACCCCAGACCAAAGGAGCACAGGGGAAGUUUAACUAACAGACAGAUAAAUGACUUCAUUAUUGACCUUCAAAAUAUCAGUGCAUCUACACAAGAGGAGUCUAUGUGGGAGACUUCACUCAGGAUUUUAUAUGAAGACUAUGACCUUGAAGUUGAGCGAAAGAAAACUCUGCUUAAACAUGUACAGCAGUUAGAAGAGUCACAUAUUCCAAAUGAUAUUUCAGCAAAACAAAUGUCAGCUUAUGGUGCUUUUGAAUUAUUAGGGACACAAGAACAAAGCAUGUCACUUCUGUGGAUUCAAGAGAGGCAGUACAGAAUAACUGCCUCAAAAUGCAAAGUGUGUUUCCUCGGAGACAAAAUAGUUGAAAACAGAGGCUAUAAUUUAACAUGGAAGUAUUUUCAUUGGCUUUCUAAUAACCUUUGGUCACCUAAAGUUGUGCAGACAUGUGACAUGCAGUAUGGGCUCUCAGAGGAGCCAAAAGCCAGAGAGGCAUAUACCAAGGCCACUGGAAACAAAGUUAGAGAAACAGGACUGUGGGUGAACAGAAAGUUUCCUUAUCUGGGUGCCAGUCCAGAUGGCCUUGCUACAGAUUCUGAUGGUAACACUGUAGGAGUUGAGAUAAAGUGUCUGAAAAUCCUAAGGGAUAAGUCAGUCAGUGAUCUCCUGCAGCAGCACAAAGAUGCCAAAAUCCCGAAUGGAAUACUAAACAGACAGUGCUUCAGGAUCAGUGAUGGGGAGUUAAAGCUGCGUACAAACCAUAUGUACUAUUACCAAGUACAGUUAUUAUUGUUGGUAACUGAUUUGGCUCACUGGGACUUUUUGAGAAUCAUAAUUUUUCUGAUAAAGUUUGGGAACUCAGACAGUCACUUGUCCCUAAUGAUAACAUAGUAAUUUCUCAAGUUGAUGUGACAAAACAGCUUAAGCGGGUUAGGGUUAACAAGGCGCAGGGGCCAGAUGGAAACUGUGGGCAGGUCUUGCAUUGGUGUGCUGUUCAACUGGGUGGAGUGUUUCAACACCUCUUUCAACACUCUCUUGACUCAGAGCACAUUUCUACACUCUGGAAAUUCUGUGAUGUGAUGUGUAGGUGUGCGUGGGAAUGAUUUUUUUUUUUUUAAUUGGAAAGAGAGCACACCUCCCAUUUAAAUUGCCCAUUGGGACUAAUAAAGUUGGUUGUUAUUAUUAUUGUUAUUGUUAUUUUUGAAAUAUCGGUUACAAUUCAAGACCCUUUGCAAAUCAGAUGCAGUUUUUAUUUUUUAUUUUUCACUUUGUUUCCUAUGAAGCAGAACAGUACUUGUAACCUAUAAUAUUAAUUACUAUACAGAUUUAUUUACAAUGCUUUUCUGUCAUAUGCCCCUGAAUGAA